ACCGGAAGUAGAUUGUGAGCCACUUUCUUGUGUUUGCUCCGUGGCGUUUUUGUGGUACAGGCUGCCACUCCUUGUGUUUUCAGCCUGAAUAAACAGCUGUACGAGCACACAGGCACGGACGAAGACGGCGUUAAGUGAUGUCAUGGAAUUAAUUGUGAUAAAGUUGCGGGAUAUUUACAGUAAAAUGACAUGAAGAUGGACAUGGACAUUGUUUGCUGAAAUAAUGCUCGGCCUUCAUCUUUUAAGAUGACCUGGAAGCUUCUUGGCACACAUAACUGUCUCAAAGGAGAGCCGAGGGGACGGGGAAUGCAGACUUGCCAGCCGUAGCUUAUGUGCGUGCGUGAUGCCCAGGCGAGGUUUCCCUCUGCAGGGUCGAGUUCGCUGGCUCUUCCUGGGCCUGUUCCUGCUUCUGGUACUAUUGCUCUUUGCCUACCUGCUGGAGUGCACCCCGCCAGCAGAUGUCAGCCUGGUUCUGCCCGGGCUAGCGGCCGAGACCUAUGGGAAGGAGUACUACCAGGCUCUGCUGCAGGAACAGGAAGAGCGCCAUUCAAAUCGUGCUGCCAGUCUGAAACGCCAGAUUGCCCAGCUCAAACAGGAGCUGCAGGAAAUGAGUGAGAAGCUGAAGCUGCUGCAGGAUAAGAAGGAGCCUCCUGGGGUGCAGGGCCUAGGUGACACUAAAGACCAAGAGCCCGGAGAUCUGCUGGACUACCUGCAUUCUCAGAUCGACAAAGCUGAGGUCAGCACGGGUGCGCAUCUUCCCAGUGAGUACGCCCUGGUCCCCUUUGAGAGUUUCACCUCAUCCAAGGUGUACCAGCUGGAGAUGGGUCUGACACGGCACCCAGAAGAGAAGCCUGUCCGCAAAGACCGCAGAGAUGAGCUGGUGGAAGUUGUUGAGGCAGCGCUGGACAUCAUCAACAAUCCGGAUGAAGAAGACGGGGUGGAAGAUGAUGUGCCAAUGCAGAGGCAGACCUACACAGAAGGUCACUUCACUGAAGGACUGUACAGGACAGAGCGAGACAAAGGCACACUUUAUGAGCUCUUCUUUUCCAAAGAGGAUUCCAGUAGCUUCCAUCACGUCACACUUUUCCGGCCGUUUGGUCCCGUGAUGAAAGUGAGGAGCGUGUCUUUGGAAACUUCGGGAAUGAUAAUUAACAUCAUUGUGCCGUUGGCGGGCAGAGUCGACACUUUCUCACAGUUCCUACAGAACUUCAGGGAGGUGUGUGUGCAGCAGGACAGACGUGUGCACCUGACGGUGGUUUACUUUGGUCAAGACGGCCUACGGGAGGUGAAGUCUUCUCUGGAAAGGAUGUCGAGGGAGGAGACCUUCUCCAAUUACACUUUGAUCCCAGUGGAGGAGGAGUUUUCCAGGGGGCGAGGCCUGGAUGUUGGAGCUCACGCCUGGAAGAAGGGUGACGUGCUAAUGUUCUUCUGUGAUGUUGACAUCCAUUUCACACUGGACUUCCUGAACACCUGUCGUCUGCACUCGGCUCCAAAUAAGAAGGUCUUCUAUCCAGUGGUCUUCAGUCUGUACAAUCCCGCUAUAGUCUAUGGAAACUUGGAACUGACUCCACCCAUUGAACUCCAACUUAUUCACAAAAAGGACGCUGGAUUCUGGAGAGAUUUUGGAUUUGGAAUGACAUGUCAAUAUCGCUCUGAUUUCCUAAAUAUUGGGGGCUUUGAUCUUGAGGUGAAAGGUUGGGGUGUGGAAGACGUCCACUUAUACAGGAAGUACCUCCGGAGUGACCUGAUAGUGGUCCGGACGCCAGUGUCAGGUCUCUUCCACAUGUGGCACGAGAAGCAGUGUGCGGACGAGCUGACGCCAGAGCAGUACCGCAUGUGCAUCCAGUCCAAAGCCAUGAACGAGGCUUCCCACUCCCAUCUGGGCAUGCUGGUUUUCCGAGAUGAGAUUGAGGCUCACCUCCGCAAGCAAGCCUUCAAGACCGAGAGCAAAGCCGAGGACUGAGAGAAGCUCCACAUAGAGCGCCUAGAAGGUCCUGAUGUUCUUAGCGCUCUGCAGCAUUGACACAUUCCCAUGGAUCCUUCUGCUCUUCACCGCACAGCUGUAGACACAAAUGAAUGUACGAAAAAGAACUGCAGAGAUGUGAACCACACGGUACAGGUGGAGACGGUUCAAAAUGCCAACAGAUGUUUAACCCCCAAAGGAAAAUGUGCACAAAUAAAACUGCUCUUACGCGUCUCGAGUUUACGAUCACGUUGUAUUGAAAUGGAUUCAAUAAGCAUGCAGUUAUUGUUGGACCUAAACACGUCACUGACACAUUCCUACAAAAUGUUAACAUUUUUUAAUUUGCUCUGCUACUUGAUUACGACACUUCAUGGCUUCAUGUACCUUCUCGGAGCCGCGGCCAGCAGGCUGCAGCUGCGAGGUGGUUAGCUACGUUCCAGACACAAACGCAAACAUGACGGCUGUGGUUCUGCUGCACUGAAAAUAAUCAAACCUGGACAGCACGCGCUCUAAAACCAUCAUCUUAUGCAGGAUGAAAAAUGACAAGUAUAAAUCAAUCAACCCACAUAUAAAUUUAUGCAUUUUAUGUAGUCAUGAAAAGGGGUGUUUUUUUAUGUCUUGUAUUUCCACACAUAAACCAUUAUUUGGCUAUUUCUGUAUUUAUGUACAGUGGCUUGCAAAAGUAUUCAGCCCUUUGGUAUUUCAUACAUUUUAAUUUGUUUAUGGCAUUUCAAAUACAAAAAGU